UCCCAAAAAUAUAUUUGUUUUACGGAGCCAGGUGUCAAAAAUGGCCUCCACUCGCGAGUUCGAUUUUGUCUUGUUUGGUGCGACUGGGUUUACUGGAAAAUACGUAGCAGAGGAGCUGGAUAGGAUUCAGAAGGAAGGGAAGCGUUCCUUCAAAUGGGCAGCUGCUGGAAGAAAUGAAGAAAGAGUCAAGGAAGCUUUAGAAGGCCUUGGUAUUGUGGGCGUGACUACGAUAUCAGCUAACAUUAAUGACGAGGAGUCCUUGAAAGAGAUGUGUGGGCGUUGCAGUGUUCUACUGGACGUAGUUGGCCCUUACGUACUUUAUGGUGAAGCAGUUGUCAAAGCAUGUAUCAACCAGGGGACCGAUUACAUUGAUAUCACUGGAGAAACAUACUACAUAGAGUCCAUGGUUGAUAAGUAUGAUGCUUUAGCGAAGGAGAAAGGAGUUUAUUUGGUUAACUGCUGUGGGUUUGAUGUCAUCCCUAAUGACAUUGGAUCGCUUGUACUUCAAAAAGGAUUCAAUGGUCAACUGGCAUACAUUGAAAGCUAUGUCUCUACUAAUGGUAAAGGGCUUAAUACCGGUACAUGGGAAUCGGCCAUACGUAGCAUCAGAAGUUACAAGAAACUUGCCGAACUUCGUAAGAAAGCGUCCUCAAGCCGUCCUCCUCUCCCUCUGGUGAAGAUGCCAAAGAGACGAACCAUUUUCUUCUCUGACGUGACUCAAAGCUGGUGCGGCCCGUUCCCUGGGGCAGACAGAGCUUGCAUGCUGCGCAGUGCUGGGUACAGGCAUAAGACUGAUGGCUUACCAAUGUUUCAAGUGAAGACGUACGCUAGUAUUGGUAGCCUGUGGAAGACGUUGAUGCUAAUAAUUGGAUUUAUGAUCAUAAUACCUAUGUCACUGACUGGGUUUGGUGCUAAACUACUGCUAAAGUAUCCCGGUUUAUUUUCAGCAGGACUUGCUCGUAAAGGUGGUCCCAGUCGCAGCGAAGUGGAGAAGGGAACAUUCACAGUUGUAUUGCAGGGAUCUGGCUACAGUCCUGAUAAUGAAGAGAAGGUAAAGCCUGAUGCAUUCCUCAGGGUUAGGGUAAGAGGUGCUGAGCCUGGCUAUAUAGCAACGUCUGCCAUGAUGGUCCAAUCUGGCUUCUGUCUACUCAAUGAAAGAAGUAAACUGCCAAAAGAUGGCGGUUUCUAUACACCUGGCGCAGCUUUUGGCAAGACUGACAUUGUUCAGAACCUGGAACAGACUGGGAAAUUGAAAUUUACUAUUGAACAAGUCUAGAAGAAUUCUUGCACUCUUGUAUGUUUAUGUAGUAUUGUGUUUUCCCCACUCUCUCUUGUUGAUGUCAUUUUUGAAUUGUUUGAUUACCUUCAAUAUUCAAAAUAAA